AUGAUUUUCAACGGUUCUAACAGUGAUAACCGAAACGUCCGAACUCAAAUAUCCAACAAUCGGCAGAGUAUCAAGGUUUUUCCCCUGCUCUCUUUGACUAUUCAAUAAGACGUGCAAUUUUCAGUAUUCCAAUCAUGAAACGACAUCAGAAGUUCCCGGAUACCUGCAAUUAUACUUGAAGCCGCCGGGCGACGAGAUCAGCCUGCUGGAGUUCGACGAAAUCGCCAUGGAGCGGCUGCAAUUGCUGAAAACGCUGGAGAUUUGCAAGGAUAGCCAUCCGUUGCACAGCGAGGAGUUCAAGACCAAGUUCAGGAAGAUGUGCAGCGAGUGCAAGCUCAUCAGUCAGUCUUAGAUCACUUUUUAGCCCAAAAAACUGAUUGUGAGCUUUUUUCCAGUUUUCCCCGACCAAAAGUCCCCGGAUCCGGUGGAUGUGGCGGAAAGAUGGCGCCGCGACGAGCAAGGUCACUUCAUUCUGCGUCUCGCCUUCUGCCGAUCGCCCGAAAACCAGAAAUGGCUGACUCAGAUCGAAGGCGACCUGUUCCGGUUUCGUCUGCGCCAGGAGAAGCCCCACGUCGUCGACUCGGCUCUGUACACGUGCAAAAUGAGUAUUGAUCGGCUGUCGACGAAAGAAAAAAAGGAUAUGGAAGAAUUGCUGGCCUACGGAUGCACUCUUCACGUGAACGACGUUCAGAGCAGGACAUUCUACAAGGUGGACUUUGUGGACGCGACCGAUCUGAUGCGAAGGGGCCACGUCUAUCUGAAGAAGGGUCUCGCCUACUUUCCGUUCGACGAUCUCGUCCUCAUCUUGGCUACCAAAAUGAAGAAUAACAUGAUGGCGGCGAUGGCGGUACGGAAAUUGAUCAAAAAUUGAAAGGAAAAGCGGGAAAGAAAACAUUUUUGACCAUUUUAAAAGAUAUUCUGAAAGUUUUCGAUAAUUUAUAAUUUUUUUCAAUUUUUCACAAACGCCAACUUUUGCAGCGCUCAUUCAAGCACCUGGCUUAUCUGGAAGAGGAGGGCCGCCUGCUGCCACGUCUCGCCCUCUUGGCGAACAAUGCGUACAACGGAAAAGAGUACACGGGCCAGCAGACGGACGGCGCGCCCGUAGUCACGCGCCACGUCAUCGACAAGCUCGUGGCGCGCUCGUUUCCGCCGUGCAUGAAGCAGAUGCACAAGCACUUGCGGCUGAACCACCACCUAAAAUACGGGGCACGUCGGCAAUACGGACUUUUCCUCAAGGGCAUCGGACUGUCGCUGGAGGAGGCACUCGCGAUGAUGCGCGAAGAGUUCACGAAGAAGAUGACGGCGGACAAGUUCGAGAAGGAAUACGGGUACAACAUCCGGUACAUGUACGGAAAAGAGGGACGGCGCGUCGCGCAGACGGCGAUGAGCUGCGCGAGCAUCAUCCUCAGGAACCCGCCCUCGGCCGUCGACUGCCAUGGCUGCCCGUUCAGACACUCGGAGCCGCCGGUGCUCAGGCAGAAGCUCGGCAGCGAGAGUGUUCUGCACAAGGAUCACGUUCAGAAGGUGAGGAGGAAAUUUGCAUAGAACGCUUGCGUAUUCUGAAAAACGCCUCUGAUCCACAUUCAGGGGUGUGCGGAAAAUUUUUUUCGGAAAAUUUCGGAAAAUUGGGUUUUCCGAAUUUUUUUUUUCGGAAAAUUUUGGAAAAAUCGGAAAAAUCGGAAAACUCACUUGUUCAUUGGUUCAAUAAAGUGUUUAAACAACGUUCUAAUGCAAAAAAAUGCUUAUUAUGAUUUGAAAUCACUUGAGUGGGCGGAAGCCAAGCAAUGGAAUAUUUUUUUGCAAAAAAAUUAGCCGAGAGAAGCUCUCCGGGUCCAGUGUUUUCCGAUUGUCAGUGAGAAUCAGGGGUGUGCGGAAAAUAUUUCGAUUUUCCGAAAUUUUCCGAUUUUCCGAGAAAUUUUCGGAAAAAAGACGCUCGCUGCUAGACCCUUCCAAAAAUUUUGUGAUGCGCCUUUAAAAAGCAUACGGUGGUUUCGGACAAAUUGACCUUGAAUUCACACUAAUUUUCCGAAAAUUUUCCGAAAAUUUCUCGGAAAAUUUCGGAAAAUCGAAAUAUUUUCCGCGCACCCCUGAUCCACAUCGGACCGGUUUGAAACGUGGACCCAAAUAACAAAAAUCCGUGUCCUGUAAAGUAAGGAUUCGAUAGGAUAAUUGCAUUUUGUCAAAAUUUCAACGCGGAGUUUUGUUCAGAUUCUGGAGCUGUCGGAAGCGAAACAGUACGACAAGGCGUGCACGCGUUACUUUGAAUUCACGCACAAACUGGAAGAAGGCGCCCUCGGCACGCUCAUCACUCACCCGAAUCAGUUUUACGAGGAAUCUCAAAAGGUUCGCGAAUAAUCUUGUAAAAAUUUCAAUGUUUCCCGAAAUUCCAGAUUGUCGCCGAACGAAUCGCCGCUAAACUGUCCACUUUGCAACCGAAACAGGAGAAAAUGGACACACAAUAA